AUGCCCAAACUAUUAGAAGACAGCUACCCCCAUGUGCAGUUCAUAGAUUCAGCAAUGGAUGAACCAGACAAAACGGAUAAGGUUUCGAACACUUCUGACAUAUCUGAUGAUAGUGGCCUUUUGGAUUGUUCAGACCUGAAGAAUGUGGCAGAGGGGAACAGCCAGCAGACAGAAGGUCACCUGGCACAUGACGUCUUCUUCAUUGUUGGUGACACCAAGGAUAAGUUCAGUGCCCACAAGUCAAAGCUAGAGAGUGCAAGCAACACUUUCAGAGAUUUGCUUCAGACAAGCGACACACACAAAAAUGAAUUUGAUCUCCCAGAGAUUAGAGCAGAGGCAUUCAGGGAGGUCCUAAGGCACAUUUACCAUGCUGAUGAGCAACUGAACAUCGACAAUGUGAUCUGCGUGCUACAUGCUGCAGACUAUUUUACAUUGUCUAAUCUGAAACUGACCUGUCAAACUUUUCUUCAGAAAUAUCUUGAGAUUAACAAUGCCUGCAAGCUUCUGGUAGAGGCAAGACUCUAUGAUUGUCAAGGUGAAGAGAGAAUAAUCAUCUCAUUCCUUGAGAAGAACCUCAGAGAUGUUCUGCAAUCUACAAGUAUAAACUGCUUGUCUAGAAGUCUCCUGAAUGAGGUGCUGACACUGCAUGGAGAAGAUGUCAACGAGAUAUUAAAGAAACAGGUUGCUGACCAAUGGGCAAGGAACCAGUGUAUUGAGAGGAGACUUGAUGUCACUGAUGAUAAUAUUAUGAAGUCACUUCAUGGCUGCUUCUAUGUUGACAGAGACAACUCAGAGAGUCACAGGUAUGUCAUGGAUAGCCUUACAACAAGGAAUCUCUUUGAGGAUAAAGAUGACUCAGAAGUACAGUCAAAAUCUGGCAGCCUGACCCCUGUUUCCUCCACUGCCAGUUUGAGAUCGUCCCCAGUUCCAAUGUUCAAAAGGCUUUCUCAUAUGUGGCCCGAUUUAGAGAAGAUAACCCGUCUUCAAGAAGCAAGCGGUUCUGACAUCAAUGAUGCUAACCACCCAGAUGCAAUCACAUUUACUGUGGAUCAGGCUCUGCAUCUCUAUGGCUUCAGCAUUUAUGGCCCCACGAAACAACAAGAGGGUAAAUACCAAGUAGACCUUGUACUGCAAGAGAAAAAGAAGGUCAUUGUCAUGGAGACCAUUUUUGUCAAGGGUGCUGGAGUUAUCCUUCCUGUGAUACUGGAGAAACCAGUCAGAAUUGAGAAAAACAGUCCAUACACCCUGGAAAUUUACAUCAAAGGGCCAGAAUCAUACAGAGGGGUCAAUGGACUUGCACAGGUUCAGAAUGGCUCAGUGUUGUUCACAUUCAGUAAUGCUGAGAAGGUAAAACGGAAUCGGACUGAUGUCAGCAAAGGUCAGAUUCCUGGGUUUUACUUUUUACUGCAGUAA